AUGGGGAUCCGCUUCGUGCUCCUUGUGAACAAGCAGGGCCAGACACGGCUGGCUCAGUACUACGAGUACCUCACUCUGGAGGAGCGGAGGGCUCUCGAGGGCGAGAUCGUACGCAAAUGCCUUACGCGCACUGAGCAGCAGGUCUCCUCUCUCUCUCUCUCUCUCUCUCUCUCUCUCUCUCUCCCCUCAAAUACUCAAGAUUGAGGGAAGUGAGGCCUGCUUUCCUCUCCUUGUUUGUUGCUUGCAUUUAGUCCCAUGGCAGAUCCCCCAAUUUGGCCAAUUCCGUCGGUGUGGUUUCUUACUCCAAUCACCACAAUUUGCCGAUUUCUGCACGUGUUCUGUUCUUUCCUGAGCAUGCUAGCAGCGGCGCAUUGAUGGAUCUUUGGGCAAUUGGAUCGGGUGGUGCAAAAGCAUAUUUCACCAGCAAGGUCACUUUUGGGACCCAUCGCUCACUCCCUAUUUUCAUCCCCUUGGUCAACAUUAGAUUCGACCAUAGUCCUAUCUAUGGCUCUCGAAACUCUCAUCAGAUGUAGAUAGACAACUAGAAAGCAAUCGGGUGAUGACUUUACUCUGUUCGAGACACGAACAAACUUAUGUCAUCCCUUGGACAGACGACAGUUCAGAUCAUCUUUAUCGUUUUAGUUGCCUUCGUUGAUAAAUUAUUCACCCAUUUUUUUAUGGCUGAUACCGAAGCAAUUUGGAUUAUAGUCUACUUACUAUGCUUGUUCUUCUGCUCGUGCUAUUGAUUUCGUAAGCACAGGCCCUCAUAUGAUAUGAGAUUACCACGACCUUGUUUCAAUCUUGAGGCAUAUAUAGCAACUCCAAUCUAGGGUAGGAACGGGCCUUAAAAAUUUAUUGGUGGAUCUUUGGCACCUAGUCCAUACCAGGGUUUAUCCAGUGCUACUUUGGAAUGACCUUGGCAUCCAAAAGAUCUGUUUUUCUUGAAACUGCGCUUACAGUGUGAAUCUAAUAGUCAUCCGAAAGGAUGAUGUAACUUGAUAUGUGCCGAACGCGGGGCAUCAGUGGUGAAUAAUUCUGAAGCUUAUUUGCCAUGAUUAAAUGCAUAACUUCUUCUUUGGUAUCUUUUUUAUCAGAUUGAAACACGAAAAUUCAUUCAACCAGAUAAUCAACUUGACAAAAGGAAACAAAAUGCUGCAGAACUCGUUGUUUGGAGUCUGGAAAUACCUGCUUAUUGACAGGAAUUAAGAUGGUAUUCUUGGAAUAUGAUUUUCUUUGUGCUGAUUUAGGCCCCCUGAUUGGUUUCAUGAGAACCUUUUACUCCUAUGGAUUGGUUAGGGUGUUGGUGAUCCUUAUUGAAGCAUUGAAAAACAGUCCUCUCUUAUCAUUUGUGGUUCUUCUCUCUGUAAAAUUAUAUUUUGCAUUGGAGGUCCCAGAGUCACUUGGAGUGCGAUCUAAGGGGCUUCUUCAGUGUCUUUAAUGGUGACACCGGUGUCUCCAGAGAACUACCCAUACUAUCUUGUUCCUAGGCCCACAGAGGCUUGAGAGUUUCCCAAGUACCCUGAGUCUUUAGGUCUUCACGGUCUCUUCUCCAUCGAGUCUCUCAAAUACACCAAACAUUCUCAGAUCUGUGAACUAUGUGCCCUCGGCUGUGAGCAUUCUCCAGACUUGUGGGAAGGUAAACCUUGGAACCCAAGUCUGUAAACAGUUGACUUUUGUGUGCCUUUUCAUUCCGUGAUCUAGGAAACUCGUUCAUCUGCAGGGUACACCUCAAACAGAAGUUUUUUUUCUAUCCUACUUUUCUUUUUUGCAGUCUAGUGCCUUCCUAUGCUGAUAUUGAUGCAUUUUAUAACGGGACGCUUAAUCUUUACUGCUUCUGGUUUGGGUUUUUCUGAUUUCUUCUCUUCUGCUGCAGUGUUCCUUUGUGGAGCAUCGGAAUUACAAGGUUGUUUACAGGCGCUAUGCAUCGCUCUUCUUCUUAGUGGGCGUUGAUAACGAAGAGGUUCGCCACUCUCACAACCCUUUUUUUAGGAAGAUGGUGUCCAUGGAAGCGUGGGAAUCAUACCAACCCGCUAUGGGGUGGGGGAUCUCUGAACUGUGAUUUGGCUCGCGCCAUUCGUUGUCGGACUGACCCUUGUUUUCCCUCUGCAGAAUGAGCUGGCGGUUCUGGAAUUCAUUCAUCUCUUCGUGGAGACCAUGGACCGUCACUUCGGGAACGUGGUGUGUACGCCUUCUCUCUCCAAAUCUGCUUGUGACCUUGCCGUCAUCCUGGUCAUCUUUUAGUUUUGAUUCAGCUCGCGUCCUUCUUUGCAGUGUGAGCUGGACAUCAUGUUCCAUCUGGAGAAGGCGCACUUCAUGCUGGAGGAGAUGGUCAUGAAUGGGUGCGUGGUUGAGACCAGCAAGUCGAACAUCUUGGCACCAAUCCAGCUUAUGGACAAGGCCGCCUAG